GCCAGAGGGGGCGAGCUUGCCGCAGAAGGACUCGAAGGUGGCGGUGGCGAAGGCGCAGGCAGUUGGAGCCGCUCGCAGGCAGGUGACUAUGAAAGGCUUAUAUUUUCAACGAAAUUCUACAAAUGAAGAAAUUACAUUUGUAUUUCAAGAAAGGGAAAAUCUUCCUGUUACAGAUGAUCAUUAUGUGAAACUUCAAGUUAAAGCUUGUGCUCUGAGCCAGAUAAAUACAAAGCUUCUAGCAGAAAUGAAGAUGGAGAAAGACUUCUUUCCUGUUGGGAGAGAAAUUGCUGGAAUUGUGUUAGAUGUCGGAAGCAAGGUCUCAUUCUUUCAACCAGAUGAUGAAGUGGUCGGAAUUUUGCCCCUGGAUUCGGAAGACCCUGGACUCUGUGAAGUCGUUAGAGUGCACGAGCAUUACUUAGUUCCCAAACCGGAGAAAGUUGCAUGGACAGAAGCUGCUGGAACUGUCGGAGAUGGUGUUCGCGCCUACAUGGCUCUGCAUUACCUUUCCUGCCUUUCUCCCGGGAAGUCGGUGCUGAUCAUGGACGGAGCAAGUACACUUGGCACCAUAGCCAUCCAGCUGGCCCAGCACAGAGGAGCCAAGGUGAUCACGACGGCACAGAGCCUGGAAGACAAGCAGUGUCUGGAACGACUGCGGCCUACUCUAGCCCGAGUGAUCGAUGUAUCUAGUGGUAAAGCCCACGUUGCUGAAAGCUGUUUAGAAGAAACAGGCGGCCUGGGAGUAGAUAUUGUCCUAGAUGCUGGAGUGAGAUUAUAUAGUAAAGAUGAUGAACCGGCCGUAAAAUUACAACUACUGCCACACAAACAUGAUAUCAUCACACUUCUUGGCGUUGGAGGUCAUUGGGUAACAACAGAAGAAAACUUGCAGUUGGACCCUCCAGAUAGCCGCUGCCUUUUCCUCAAGGGGGCGUCGGUGGCUUUCCUGAAUGAUGAAGUGUGGAAUUUGUCAAAUGUGCAACAGGGGAAGUAUCUUUGCAUCUUAAAGGAUGUGAUGGAGAAGUUAGCAACCGGUGUCUUUAGGCCUCAGCUGGAUGACCCCAUUCCACUGUAUGAGGCGAAGGUUUCCAUGGAAGUUGUCCAGAAAAAUCAAGGAAGAAAAAAGCAAGUGGUUCAAUUUUAACUUUGUUCUCUCUCCGGCCUCAGUUGGACGAACCAGAUCCAGUAUGUGAAGCCGGAAUUUCCUUGGAAAUGCUUCAGAAAAAUCCAGGAAGAUGAAAGCAAGUUGUUCGGGGU